CAAUAAAAUUAAAGGAGUACAAUGGCAGGAGAGAAAUCCGCGUUUGAGCAAACCUUUUCUUUUACUCCUCUUCUCCCUAAGAAGUCAUCUUUCCUACAGGACAAAGACACUCUAGCACUGUUAAUGAAAUGGUCCAUGCUGGGGAGGAUUUCAGCUCAGUCCUACAGCUUUGACCAGAGCUUUUACCCUUACAACAGUGAAACGUUUGCACUGUGUUUCUUCAAAGACCCUGACGUGGUAUCCAGUCUGAAAAAGAUGAAGGUUGGAGUCUGGGUGCCUCUUGACAAGCCAGUGGUGUCUGUAGAUGUGGAGGUGGUGCCAUGCACUAAAGUCUCCAUGGAGCUGUUUGACCCAAUCUACUCUUGCGGCAUCCUGAGGCCCUCUGGACAUGUGUCUAAAUGCUUUCAUGAUGUCUACCCCGACUAUGAUGAACUCAGACAGAUGCUGCAGGAAGAGGACAGUGAGCACUACUACGUGGUUGGGAGAGAGGAGCGAGGAGAGUUUCUGUUUCUCCUCUUCAAGCACCUGUGUCUGGGAGGAGAGCUCUGUCAGUAUGAAGACACCAUUGAUCCCUACAUCAAAACCACAAAGCAUGUGUACAAAGAUCUGAUCAGUGUUCAGAAGGAUCCAGACACAAAGAAGAUCAGCGUUGUCUCCACCGUGCUCAAAGUCAGCGCCUAUGAUGAGUCAGGGCGAUGUUACCCCGGGAGACGAGAGGAGGAGCAGACGUUUGCCUAUUUGAUUGUUGACCCCUUCAAACGACAUGUGACUUUGUUCUACCACUUCUACGGUGUUGGAAAGUUCACAUUGUGACAGUGAAGAGAUGCCCUUUGUCGCCUGAUUUGAACCUGUCAGUCACCUGCUGGACAAGCUGACAGUGUAUAUACAAACACAUGAGCUCAGAGUGGGAGCUUAAGCUUCAUGAAAUAGUUCGCUCUGCUGUCAGUUAACUUUCCCCUUUAAAUGUUGAGAAAUUCGAGCAAAAUUAGUCAAAUGCAGAGCAAACCAGAAGGCAGGACCAGGAUACAAAAUGGAGGAUUCCCAGAUGAACUGACAAAGGAGAAAGAAUAAUUAUCCUGUUCUAUUACAGUGUGUCAAUA